AAACAUCGACGUGAAAGCAAAACAUUGAUCAGUUACCUCCUGCACUGGACUGAAUGAUGACCAGGUGAUGACGCUCAACCAACUGAGCCAUGCUGGCCAGGGAUUGUUCUUUUUCUUAUUGCUGAAUAGUAUUCCAUUGUAUGGAUAUGCCACAGUUUGUUUAUCUGUUUACCAGCUGAAGGACAUUUGGGUUGUUGCCAACCUGCGGCUACUAGGAAUGAGGCUGCUGGAACAUUCUUGUACAAAUCUUUGGAAACAUGUUUUUCUUUCUCUUCGUGUUCUCAUUAGGAGCAGGAUUGCUAGGUCAUGUGUUGUCAGAAGAUGAUAUCGUAAAAACCCUCAAAUUAUUGGAAGUCAAAAUACUAAAUAAUAAGAUGGAAACUCCACUGUGCCAGCAAAUGACAGAUGUCAUUGUCAGCUACCUGAGGACAAAGAAGCCAACAGGAGAAGUGGAGAAGAUGUGCACUGCAGUACUACUGGCUCUGGGGUCCCAGUCUCCAGGAAUGAUCAUUGUCAAGAUAUGGGACAGACUGCGUGGGUAUAAUCUGCCCCCAAGGAGCCUCCUGGUUGCAGUGGGGAAGCUCAGUCUUUCCCAAGCUAUAGGUUCAGUUUCCUACAUUGGUUCCUUAUGGAAAUAUAUCCUGCGCCUUCUGAGGAUGGCUCAAGAGGAGGAUGACAUGUUGGCGAUUUGUCAAGUGCUCUAUGGAUUGGUCAUCAGUGCCCAAAAGCAUCUGGGCUCUUGGGAUGAUAAAGUGAUGGGCAUCACUCAAAAGGAAGUGUCCAUCAAGGCCUACCACACCUUCCGCAUCCUCUUCAACCGUUGGUCUUUGAAGGACAAGCACAAGGUGACAGAGCAGGUACUGGUGAUAUUUGGCCAUCUCUUCUUCCUUAUGCCACAAUUCAAACUCAAGAACCAAGUGAACCAGUUAACCCGAUGGUUAAUGACGUUGAUGUCUACAAUAGUGACACCUUUCUACAUUACCCAGUGUAUCUGCCAACUUGUGAAUGCUCUGGCUCUCAGCGACUGCGGAGGUUUAAACUUGGAAUCCCAGCUGGAAAACAUUACAGGCAUGCUGUUUGAGCAGCUGAGUAAAAAAGUCAACCAAUCAGAUCCUCACUCUGUAGAGAACAGCAGCCUUGCCCUGAAGGCUAUCUUCAUCCUGGCCAAGUUAUACAAGGAUCAGCUGGUAUACUUAAUACGAAAGACCUUGGAGUCCAAUGAUCCAUCCAAGAUAACAUCAGGCCUUCAGGCAUUCAUAGAUGUGUUCCAGGAAUUGCCUCAGACAGAGAAACUGCAGCGCGAGGUGAUGCAUUCAGCCAUUAUGGUGAUUCAGGAGGACCUCAAACCUGUGCCGAAGGUCCUCUUGCACUUCAUUGAGAUGCUAGGCCAGCAUAACUACUUGGCCCUGCCCCAGGGGAACACCAUCAUCAACUAUAUCAUCAAGCUCAGCGUGUGUGACCCAUCAAAUGAAGAGGAGGACACCCAAAUAAUGUGUUCCAAAAUUCUACAGAUGGUAUCUUUGCCCAAACUGAUCACUUUGGCGUGUGAUCCCAACAACACCAUGGCCUUUGUUCCUCUGUGUAAGGCAGCCACAGAAAUGGCUCUGAAGGCCCGCUCCCUGGGCAAGUUUCCCUACCUCAGCAGCUUUCACUUAAGCUCCACCCAGUUCAUCUCACCUCAGAGACUCCUGACCCAUCUUGUGGUGUUUUCCCAAAAGCCUUAUAGAGAAAACAAGUUUGGUGCAAGCUCUCUAAAGCUUCUACAUGCCCUGCAUCCUAUCACUUCUCUGCACCCCGUUAUCCACUCCAAUGUGGGCCAGCUGUGGACAAAGGCAAUCCCACAGAUGUUGAAGAUACUGGAUGAUCACACUGAGAAGAACCUGAAUCAGGAGGAGUGGGAGGACAGGCUGCUCCAGUUUUUAAGUCAGUCAUUAGUGGCCAUUGAUGAUGACAGCUGGCAGGAGCAGCUCACCAGGGUCAUCUUGGAGAGGAUAAGCUACUUCAAUGAUGACAACUUUGAGAAGGUUUUUCUAUAUAAAUUCUUUGGUUUCUCCCUGCGGACCUCAAGGAAUGAGAAACUGGUGAAGAUGAUGCUCUCCUCCAUCCUCCAAUCUUCCCAUGAGAACCUGCAGGAGAGGGAGGGCAUUGCUGUGGCACUCAGUAUCGUGUCCAUGAAACAUCUGAAGAUAGUCCUGGAACAACUGCAAGUGUAUAGUGCUACACUCACUGACAAGGACUCAUCGUUCAUCCUCAGACUUGCAAAGGAACACCAACAAAGGGAAUGGAUGCUGGUCUGUAACACCAUCUACUUAAGCUAUAGUAAGAUUAUUUUAGAGAGCAAGGGAGCCAUAUUCAUGCAUUUGGAUGCCAUCUUGGCCUUGGUCCUGCAACAUUACCACAACUGCAUUUUGGAAAAGGAUAAGGACCUGAAGCUGAGUUACCUGAAUGCCCUAACCGUACUGACAAAUAUCCUGAGCAGCCAGCAGCACAUGGCCUUCCAAUUCAAGUUCCCCCACAAGCUAGCAAUUGUGACCUACAUGCUGGAGCUAAUCAAGGAGGAGCCAUUGAACUCCAUCUCCAGCCCCAUUAGACAGAAGGCAAUGGACAUCAUCACUAACUUCAGGAUGCUCAGGCCCCUCUUAGAGAUAGAAGAAAGGGUAGAGCUACUCCGAACCUGCUUCAAGAGUGUGCUCUGCCUGCCAUCCAUGGAAACUAUGCAAAAGGAGGCACCCAGUCCCAGGGAGGCCCAGGCCAAUGUGGACCUGUUUAAGGAGACCAUGCAAUCCCUCCGAAGGCUCAUGGAGGCACUUAUUGUUGAGAUGCCCACCAGGAUCCAGAACUGCGUGGAGCUUAUGGACACGUGGCUCAAUUCGCAGAAGGACAGUGAGCGGGAGCGGGCCAUGUGGUGUGCUGCCCGUAUUCUUGGCUUUACUGCAAAAUUGGACGACUUCAAAAUGGAAAUUGAGUUCACCCGGCUGGGGCGCUUGGUAAAGCUGCUGGCCAUGCGCUGCCAGGACCCAGUGGACAACAUCUGCUUCCUGUCUUCCCAGGCUGUCUACAACCUCUACUGUAUCCUCUUGCAGAAAAAGAAGAUGAAGAGGAAAAUAGAGGGCUUGUGGGAAGAAGAGGGCAAGAAUGAAGUUUAUAGUGCCAACUUGUUCUACAACAACACCUUCGAGAUUGCUGAGGCCUUCGCAGAGUACUUCACUAAGUCCCAGCUCACCAGCUUGGUGCUGACGGCCAUGGAGGAACUCACUGGCAGCAGGGCCAAAGUGUCUCUGGCUGCAGCCCAGUUGAUGAGUGCUGUCAUGAAAAAGCGGGGCACAGACAUCAUAAAGGUUGAGGAAAUUGUGGAGGGCACCAUGGAAAGGCUCAAACUGCAGCUGGAGCCCAACACAAAGGAGGAGACCCUCUGGGCCAUGUGCUUGCUGGCAGGCAACAACACCCACAGUGUUGUGCACCUGCUGCUCAACAAGUCCCUCCCUUGGGAUAGGUACCUCUCCCAAGGCCCAGGAGUACACUCUCCAUCCAAGUAA